AUGGCUACUACCGCGCUUAGAGGCCGUCAAAGAUUAUAUGACGUUGUAAGUCCUGAAGUAGUCCGGUUUUUCGAGGAAAGAAGACUUUUCCACCCCGUUGUCAACAACAGGCGAAAAAUAUCACCAUCCACAAUAUCACCGAGCUGUAGCAGCCCAUCAGUUUGCUCAGGCGGACCCUCUUGUUACCCUGCACCUACCCAUCUCGUAGAUGGAACAAACCAUUUUACUUCUGCAGCAAUCUCAAAGCCAUGUGAUUUUAUCGAGAUACCCGUAUUUCUGGAGAGUCGAGAAACACUUGAGUUCGUUGGGUUCUGCCCAGAGAGAGCAGAAUACAUCUGGGAUCUAUGGUCGAAGAUCCCAAUGCAUGAUAUUCAUGUGUUUAAUUUCUUUGAUUUUGCUGUGGAUUUUAUUCCAGACCCUGGGAUACGUCAAACUCGAACAGAAGCGAUUAACGAGAAGGAUGGUUGGAGGGAGUAUAUGGAUGAGCUUGGUAUAUCGACUGGAUUAAAAAUAGCCAUUCUUCUACCGGAGUACGAAAAUGUCAGAUUUACAGCAUCUUGUGAAUUCUGGUCAAUUGAAUCCGUAAGGGAGGCCUACCGCGCUUUGGAGUCCCUUGCGCAACAGUUUGAGGAAAGCGUCAAAUUUUUUCAGUACCCCGAACAUGAAAAAGACGGGAAGUUCGAAGGUACAACAGAGCAACCUAGUACAAAUGUUUCACCGGUUCCCGAGGGAUCGAGGACAAAACUUUAUAGGGCUAGUACCUUGGAGAGAGCUACACGAUUUUACAUUCACCAAACCGGAGAAAUCAACGAGUACCAUUUUGCAACUCUCCGAGGGGAUCUUAGUGGAACAGAACCGGUAACAUAUUGGACACCACAGAAGGUGGUUGCUGAUAUCUAUGCAGGGUACCUUAAGCGCAGGAUACCCAUAGCCCAGAUUAUCGUCACAGAAGUCGAAUUCUCGGAGGAACUGGCAGCCUCCGUUGACCUGGAAGGGCAUCGAUUAUCGAAUACCCACUAUUUGAAAUAUUUGGAAGACGUAGAUGUCAUAACCUCCAAUAUUCUCAGUCUCAAAGACAUCGAAUAUCGUGAAAAGGACAGUUGGAAAGAAAUACAACCUUCAGAUCUCGUCAGAAUUAAGAUUGACGGCGAGGAUAGGCUAGGGAUUCAGUGGGCUUUCAAGUCAGAGGAGGCUCAACUGGCCUUUGAAGAGCAUUGUCGAGGCAAAGUUACUCAGUAUAACUUAGACAGAUUGCUUACUGUAGCUUCAAAGACAGAACGCAGUCUCCCAUCAGCAACAGGAUAA